UUACUUUAAUUUUUCAUUAUCCUACCAAAAGGAAAACGAGGAAUACUAGUUACUACUGAACAAAGAUAAUACCCCUUUUUAUUUCUUUUUAGAGGGGGAAGAAAGAAAAGGGAAAACUUUCCCCUACAUAGUUUCCUUUUCUACAAAACUAAAAUUCUUGAAAGCUCCCAGUUAUACAAACAGCACCAAACGUUCGAAGAAAGAAACAAUUGGUGAUUAGUUGAGAGAAAAUGGGUGACAAUCUAUUUGAAGGGUUACCACCUCCAUCUCAUCACCAGCAACUACAAGGAAAAGAAAAUGAAGAAGAAGAGGGGAAAGAAGGCAAUCAAAUUAGUUUCUCUUUGAAGACAAGUAGUAGCAGCAAUAACAAGGAAGCUUCUCCAAAACCAGUUCUUAAAAGUGCUCUUAAGAGACCUAAGCCUACUGAAUCUAACCCUGAAGGUGAACCCUACCUACAAUUUGCACAAUUCUUCUUCUUUUUCCCUUUUCUUUCUUUUCUGGCUGCUGUACAAGAAAAGCGCUUGAGAUUUAAGAUGACAACAGAUGCCUCAGAGACACAAGUUAUUGAGGCAAUGCAGAAGAUUGCGUCACAUAUCAAGAACCCCACCAAGUUUUCUAAGGCUUCAAAGCUUGCCAUACAGUUGAUACAGGCUGGAAGUGUGAAGGGGGGGACUAGUGAACAUUUUUUUGCUAUAUUGGAGGCUGCAAUGUCAUCCACAACUUCUUGUACUGAUCCUUCAGUACGAGGUGAUUAUCAUUCACUGUUCUCAGCAGCACAAGAUGCAGCUGAGUGCCUAAACAAGAGGCAGAAGAACCAACUGACUGUAUGGACAUUUAGGGCGGUGAUGGCAAAUGACUUUCUAACUGAUGACAGCUUUGUGUUUUCGAAAACAGCUAGUAAAUUAAAAGAUGCAAUAUGUAGUCUUCCAUUUGCGACUGAGGAUGAUGACAUAGAUGAAGCUGCUACCCUGAAAGAUGAGACUGAAACUGGUAAUGAUGAAGAUGACAAGAAACAAACUAUAGUUGAGUCAGCUGAAGAAAAUAACAAGGAUGAGUCAGAUCCUUUUGGACUUGAUGCUCUGAUUCCUAGUUCUGGCAAAAAAGAUGAUAGAGCAAAAGGAAGGAAAGAUGUGGCAACCAAGAGCAGGAAAGAUGAUGAGGAGGACACUAAGAUAUUUCUCAAGUCAAAGAGAGAAGCCUUGAUUUCUUGUUUAGAAAUUGCUGCUCGACGUUAUAAAACACCAUGGUGCCAGACAGUUAUAGACAUCUUGGUAAAACAUGCAUUUGACAAUGUAGCAAGGUUUACAUCUCAACAAAGGGAUGCCAUUGAAAAACUAUGGGCUUCUGUUCGGGAGCAACAAAUACGUAGGAAGCAAGGGAAAUCAGUAACUGGGAAACUUGACGUGAAUGCUUUUGAAUGGCUUCAGCAGAAAUAUUCUACUGAGAAGAUCAGCAUUCGGCAUUCUGUUGGUGCUAGUGGAGACCGUCGAUGUCAACAGUGGCUUGGUUAAUCACUUUUUUUUUUCAUGUUCUCAAGGAGUAUUGUGAUCCAACUCUUAUCCAGAAAACAAGUUGAAACCGUUGAUUGAACAUCUGUUCAUCCGAAUGUAAUACUCUUCAAGCGUGUAAUAUUUUGAAGGAGACAAUUCAGAAUACUUGUUUCUUCUCAACAUUUUCCCUUCAUCUGGUUUAAUUCUUCAAAAAUAGCCUUAAUUUAUUCUGGGAUGAUUGUUGAUGAAACACAAUGGGUUUAAGACCCUAGUCAUUUGGUUAUGCUUCCAAGUCGUUGAAAGAA